UCGCCUUUGGCUGGCUCAGGCGGCGCCAGGGUACUGGGAACCUGGGUAACGGCGGAAGGGGUGGGUAGGUAGGCAUAGGCCAGCCCCACCUUCUACCGCGAGGAUCCUCACGCUUCAUACGUUCUCUGGAGAGCAGUCGGCCCCCGUUUUACGCCGCUUUCCCUGUCCCGCCCGCGCAGAACCUAGGGGCGGGGCGAGGGAGAAAAGAGGGUGGGAGAAGGAAGGGAUGGGAGGAGCAGCUGCCAGAGGCGCGUCGGGGCGGGACCAGAGUCAGUCCCUGUUCCCCAGCUGGCCGACCAGUGGGGAAAGUUCCCACCGAACCGGGGCGGGGGAGAGGCAUUUAUGGGAGAGCCGCGGAGGGAGGAGUACUCCUCCGAGGUAGCUGCUGCAGCUGCGGCCGUGGGGGGAGGAGGGAGCGCAGGGUGCUCGGUGUUGUUCCUGGAACCCUCGGAGGCUGCCGGGCCGGCGCACCUGCCUCGGCGCUUCCUCCUCCUGCUCUGGGGAGCCUAGGAGCCCUUUGCUCCUCCUCCUCCCCAUCCUCCUCCUCUUUUUCUCCUCCCUCCAGAGUUUUCUCCCUCUCCCUCUUUUAAAUUCUGUAAGAAGUUGCUCGGACCCCCCUCCCCUCCAGACCCCCAGAGGAUGGCGGUGGAGCAGCCUCGGGGUCCAGCCGGAGGUUGAGGGGAGGAGAGGGUGGCCGGUCGCCCCGAGCGGGCCCGCAGGGGGAGAAGAGAAUGGACUCACCUCCCAGCUGCUGUUGCCGCCACUGCUGCUGCCGCUUCUGUUUCCUCCACCACCUGCUGCUUCUGCCACAGCGGCUGCUGCUGCUUCCCCGGCCUUGGUAGCCACAGCAACCGUCGCUGGAGGAGGGACCCUGGAGGGGCUGAUGGCAGAGCUUGAAGAGGGCAGCGCAGGGACCGGCUUCCCAGUUCCUUCUUGGACCAAGAUGACUGAUGGGAGUCUUUCCACUUCAGCAAAUGGCUUAAGCUCCAUGAAAGUUCUGGAUGAAAGGUCAGGCUAUCAUAUUCAGAAUCAUCAACAUUUGAAUUUAAAGACCCCUAGGUCCCUUUCAUUGCCUGAUUAUAAACCCAAGUUGAAACUCAGUGAUUUAGAUGAUAGACAUAGCCUUAAAUCAGUGGACUCAGGUAUUCCAACCCUGGAAAUAGGGGACCCAGAACCUGUCCAUUGCAGCGUGUUAAAUGUUAAAAGAAAACCAUCAGAGCCAGAAAUUGUCCCUGAUCGAACUUUUCAGAGUGCGGGCACACUCCCAUCAUAUGUGCCUCCUCUUUCCACAAACACUGAACAGGAGCAUCGUGUACGGAAAUCCUCCACUUUUCCAAGAACUGGGUAUGACACAGUGAAGCUCUACAGUCCCACCUCUAAAGUUCUGACUCGAAGUGAUGACAUCUCUGUAUGCAGUGUGUCAAGUCUCAGUACUGAACUGUCCACAACCUUAUCGGUUAGUAAUGAAGAUAUCUUAGACUUGGUGGUCACGAGUAAUUCAAGUGCGAUUGUGACUCUCGAGAAUGAUGAAGCUCAUUUUUCGGAUAUCACGUUGAACUCCUCAAAAGAAAUCAGUGAUCAAAAUCUGCAUGCCUGUGGUGAAGAAACAGAAGGGGAUAGUAAAUUGAAAAUUUUGGGGCCAUUUACUACCUUCUUUACAAGGAAUUUGUUUGCUAGAAAGCAAAAUGCAAGACUUGACACAUACAGUGACUUGGGUUGGAAGCUGUUUGGGAAAGUACCACUUCGAGACAAUUGUCAGAAAGAUUCCAAGAAAACACCAAAGGAAUAUGAAGAAGAAACUGGACGACCUCACAAACCUCUUUCUCCUAAACAGAAUGUGAGGAAAAAUCUUGAUUUUGAACCACUUUCUACCACUGCUCUUAUCCUAGAAGAUAGACCAGCAAAUCUCCCUGCAAAACCAGCAGAAGAAGCUCAGAAACACAGACAGCAAUACGAAGAAAUGGUGGUUCAGGCCAAAAAAAGAGAGCUUAAAGAAGCGCAGAGAAGGAAAAAACAACAGGAAGAGAGGUGUCGAUUGGAAGAAAGCAUUGGAAAUGCUGUCUUGAUUUGGAACAAUGAAAUUUUACCCAACUGGGAAACAAUGUGGUGUUCUCGAAAAGUUAGAGAAUUAUGGUGGCAAGGUAUUCCUCCAAGCGUGAGAGGUAAAGUCUGGAGCUUGGCAAUAGGGAACGAGUUGAAUAUUACUCAUGAACUCUAUGACAUUUGCCUAGCUCGAGCCAAGGAAAAGUGGCGGUCCCUCAGUACUGGAGCAUCAGAAGCAGAGAAUGAAGAUGCAAGUUUUUCUGCGGCUGACAGAGAAGCCAGUCUGGAACUAAUCAAAUUGGAUAUUUCUAGAACAUUUCCUAAUCUCUGUAUUUUCCAACAAGGUGGUCCAUAUCAUGACAUGUUGCACAGUAUUUUGGGCGCUUAUACUUGUUACAGACCGGAUGUUGGUUAUGUUCAGGGCAUGUCAUUUAUAGCAGCAGUGUUGAUUCUGAACUUAGAUACUGCAGAUGCCUUUAUUGCAUUUUCUAAUCUUUUGAAUAAACCUUGUCAAAUGGCUUUUUUUCGAGUGGACCAUGGCCUUAUGUUGACAUACUUUGCAGCAUUUGAGGUGUUCUUUGAAGAAAAUCUGCCAAAAUUAUUUGCGCAUUUCAAGAAACAUAACCUAACUCCAGACAUAUAUCUAAUCGACUGGAUUUUUACCUUAUAUAGUAAAUCUUUGCCACUUGAUCUGGCAUGUCGAAUAUGGGACGUGUUCUGUCGUGAUGGUGAAGAGUUUCUGUUUCGUACUGCUCUGGGAAUACUCAAACUGUUUGAAGAUAUUUUGACCAAAAUGGAUUUUAUUCACAUAGCGCAGUUCCUCACUAAGUUACCAGAAGAUUUGCCUUCCGAAGAGUUCUUUUCAUCUAUUGCUGCAAUUCAGAUGCAAAGUAGAAACAAAAAGUGGGCUCAGGUACUGCUUGCAUUGCAGAAAGACAACCGGGACAUGGAAAAGGGAAGCCCUUCCCUAAGACACUAACCCUUCACAUGUAUUGGACCAAGAGAUAUCCAGUUGGCAAAUGUCUUGCUUUCCAAUGGAUUAUAGGCGUCUGAGAAACAUCAAUUCUAUUAUUUUCAAGUUUUGUUUAUAACACUGGAGUUGGCCUUAAAAACACACUCCUACACAUACCUUUUUAGAAGUAAACCAAGGCUUAGCCUUAAGAAGCUCAGUGGAAUGAUGACCUGGUGUUGAUUGUACACAGCCCUCACACUUUUUGCAGGAUUUUGAAUAAGGGCAAUGACUAAGUUUUUCCUUUCAGUUUCCAUAAAAUUUAAUGAAAUCUUAGCAAGUCAAUGUGAAAUGCUGGAAAGUACUUUAAACUCUUGUAGUGAGAAUGUGCUUCUGAAGACUGUUUAAUCCAUGACACCAGUUCAUGUUUGCAUAUUUUAGUUAAGGAAGGUAUUAAUCUCAUUAGCUGUCUCCCUCCCCCCACCCCCCAAAGCUUUGGGUCAUGUUUUAAAAACACAUUUACCAAAGAUAACAUUCAGAGAAAAUGGGAUUGUGUAUUGAUAUAACCAAAAUUGCCACACACAUUAUUGUGGAAGAAACCUGUUGCUUGUUUUAGAGUUUUACCAAGUUGCCUUUAUAAAGUUUCUGAGUACAAUUGUUUGUUGGAAGUGACACAUUUAAUAUCCAAAGACUACCAAGUUCUCCCAGAGACUAUUCCUCUGCUCUCAUUGAAUAGCUCUUCUGGCAAUCAGAUGAAGAGGAAAUAAAAAUGCAGUGGGCAUAAGAAAAUAAACAGCCUUUAUUUAUUGAAAGAAGUAGAAGAAACAUAGUCAUUUGAGAUACAACUAUUCAAUUUCUAUGAAAGCAAGUUAUGUGAUACACUCAGAAACGAACAAACAAAAACCACAACAGUGGGUCAUGCAUGAGGGAAAGACUACUUCUUUCCCUGGCUUCAUCAGCUGAAUGUCAGAAUAAAUCAUAAGUGCCCAUGAUUACCUCUAUAUAUGACAUCAUGCGCUUUAGAAAUUGUCAUCAUUUCAGAAGAAUGAAGCAAUAUAUACCUAAUAGCUCUGAACUAGGAUAUUAGAAUCAUUUAUGUCUGUUGUUAUCUUCAGACAGUUUUCCUAGUAACAUAAUUAAGAACUUCAGUUAUUCCACUUAUAGAAAAUGGUCGGGGUUUUUGGGGUAAAAUUUGUAUAACUAGGUGAUCAUCUCUUUAUGAAUCCAUGACUCUGAGAUGUGUCCCCCACCCCCAUCCACCAACUUCUUGCUUUCUUAGAAUACUGUUUUUACCAGUUCAAAGCAUAUCAUGACAUCAUUUGCCAUUCCCAUAAGUGCUUGAGGAGUAUUACCACACCAUACAAGGAAGCUUAUUACUCUUUACACUUCUCAUUCCCAAUUUCAUACUUCUUUACAAAGAUUAUUUCUGUUGGUGGGCUAUCUCUGAGUGUGUCAGAAGUCUUAGACCCAUCCAAACCUGACAGUGGUGUUAUUUCAAUCCUUUUUUCAAAAAUGCUACUUCUCUGUUUUGAUCAGUCUAGAUGCACUAAACUACUAGAAAGUCUACAGACCUUCAGGUUAAGAUACCUAUUUCUGAAGUUAUUAGUAUGCCUGACAUCGAGUACUUGCAUUCUGUGUGGUUUGUUACCUUUUUAGGAAUGAACUUUUUUAGGUAUGUGUUCAGCUACAAAAUGCUGACUCUCCUCCAGUGAGCUUUGUAGUGUGCUGUUGAUAUCACUUUUUGCCUCAGCCUUUAAAAAGAUGACUUUGUCUGUCUUUAAUUUGACUUUUUUUUGAGAAGGCAUUCUUUUUCUACUAGAUGCCCUACCAGCCUUUCUAGACCCUAACCCCUGCAGAUGCCCAUUUCCUAAAAAUCAAGAUAUUGAAUGUAACAGACUGAAAGUGGCAUGGUUAUGACCAAAAGCCUGCUACAGCACUUGUGCACUGGUAAUUCCCCAUAGAUGUAAUUAUUUUUGUUCAAUGACUUGGGAUUUCUGAUCUCUGAAGAUGUAUAUAUUUUCUAUCUUUUCUUGGUGUACAUAAGUAUUUGUUAAGUAAUGAAGAAAAGCAAUGCAAUAAUGAGCUUUGCACAAUUGGUGAAAUUUUUCACCUGUCUAAAAAUGCAGCUCUUUAACUUUUUUCAUUAGACUUAUUUGGAAAAAAAAAAUAUACUCCUUUGGAUAGAAUCAUUGACGUAUGUAAAAUUGGCACAAAAAUCCAUAACACUCUAUGAUUGGAUUGUAAACCCAAUCUCAAGUGCUGAAGAAUAGUUUUCAUAACCAGUUCAGGGAUCACCUAAGAUUUUGCCAACUUAAUUUUUUACUGUUCAAGUGUUGGAAGGUUUAAAACUAUAAGACCAAUGGGCUUACCCUCUUUUCAGUAAAUGUCUACAUCCGAAAGAACUGGGUUUCUCUUUAAGAGUAACUUGAAAAGAAAUAGUGAAAUGCUACACCAUUUCACAAGUCUGCAUUUUUCACUUUAUGUGCAACUCAAUUACAGAAUCUAAGACUUCGUGUUUGGGAUUUUGUACAACCUGCACUUUAUAGUAAAGAACAAACUUGGCAUCUUCUAUUAGUAGUCACAAUGUCUUAUUUAGUUUUAUUUUUUAGUUCAUUUUAAGGUACUUUAUAACUGCUUUUAUUUUCAGUGUCUUAAUUCAAAUUGCUUAUAGAGAAUUCUUGAUACACUUAACUACAGAUCAUGUUUUGAUUGCUUGUACAAUUAUUCAUUUGUUUUGUUUAGGUGAGUGUAUCAAACUAGAACUUUUUGAACUGUAAAUAUAUGGUUUUAUUAAAUAAAAGUCAUGUGAAAUUG